UUCCACUACGAAGCACCGCAAACCCAUCAAACAUAAUAUUAGGAGAUAGCCAAUUCGCUUUCACCAAAAUGAGUUCCUUCAAAACCCUUCCAACCCUUUCUUUCCUCUUUGUGACCCUCUUCAGCUUAGCCCACGCAGCCACAUUUGAUAUCAGAAACAACUGCCCUUACACUGUCUGGGCUGCUGCAGUGCCCGGUGGUGGCAGACGAAUGAACCGUGGUGAAACAUGGCAAAUCAGUGCAGCCCCUGGAACCACACAAGCCCGCAUUUGGGCUAGAACCAACUGCCAAUUUGAUGCUUCCGGGAGAGGCAAGUGUCAGACCGGUGACUGUGGCGGGGUCCUGGAAUGCAAGGGCUACGGUUCACCCCCUAACACACUAGCUGAAUAUGCAAUAGGCCAAUUCGCUAACCAGGACUUUAUUGAUAUCUCUAACAUUGAUGGUUUCAACGUUCCUAUGGAGUUCAGCUCAAACUCUCCAGGGUGCACAAGAGUUAUCAAGUGUACAGCAGACAUUGUCGGGCAGUGCCCGAAUGAGUUGAAGGUUCCUGGAGGAUGUAAUGGGCCUUGUCCAGUGUUCAAGACAGAGGAGCACUGCUGCAAUUCAGGUAACUGUGGCCCCACAAACUUCUCUAAGUUUUUCAAGGACAGGUGCCCAGACGCUUACAGUUACCCCAAGGAUGAUCCCACAAGCCUGUUUACUUGCCCCACCGGGACUAACUACAAAGUUAUAUUCUGCCCCUGAAGAGUUCGAACGGUUUUAAGUCGCCUAGACAAAUUAGGUUAUACCAUACCUAUAUAUAGCAACAUAUGGAAUAAAAGCAUAUGAAGGUUAUUUGAGCACAUCUUUCUCAUGAUGUGCAAAUGUUCUGACUUGUAAUAAGUGUUCUAUCCUAUAUGAAAAUUUGGGACUUCUAUAAGUUCCGAUUUAUAAUAAUUUUUCGUGAAUACUAUACUUAUAUAAA